AUGGACCCGUUCAAAGAGGUGGAGGAGGACUGCUGGGCGCAGAUCAACAGUCUCACCGACUUCAUCAACUCUACGUCUGUGGUAUCUGAAGAUGCUAAGUUGGAUUUCGCCAACAACUACCAGGAAUUGGAGGAGACCUUGGAAGACUUAAGACAGGCAGUCAAGAUCCUGGAGUCCAACCCAGUCCAGUUCAACUUGACGUCCUCAGACAUAGUGUACCGCAAGCAGACUUUGAAGCAGUUGCUGCAGAAAAUUAAUCUUCUCCAGAGCGAUUGGGAAGCCAAAGAGAAACAUCCACAUCGUCAACGAGAAGUCACCACCAUGUCCAAUCGGAUCAGCCAAGAUGGAGGCAAUCCAUUCAGCGAAACAAACAGAAUCGACCUGGAAUUUAACCAGUUUCAGCAACAGGAGCUCAUACAGUCACAAGACCUCCAGCUUGACCAAAUUCAUCAGACAAUGCAAAGUUUGAAUCAACAGGCCACCUUGAUGGGUGGAGAGUUGGAGGACCAAGGGUACAUGUUGGAUGAAUUGGACCACGAGAUGGAUACCGUGGGCAAUAAGCUCCAGCGUGGUUUGAAGAGAGUCAACUAUGUGAUUGAGAAGAAUCGAGAGACUGCCAGCAAUUGGUGCAUAGGUAUUCUCAUGGUGGUGCUAUGCAUUUUGCUUUUAGUGCUACUCAUUGCGUGA